GCAGCAUUUGAGGAGAAGCCGGGGUGCCACACUCCACAGCAGGGGGUGCUACAGGACUGUAGUAAAGGCGCAAUCCCUUCCCUACCAAUCGCCACAUGACGGGCUAGGAUGUGGUCUGGAGAUAGAAAAAAGAGACACAGGACAGGGCGAGAGAAACAGGCAAAGACGGAGAGAGAAGUCCUGUCACUCCAAAGUCCAGAAGCUGAGCCUUUCAGGAAGGACACCGGAUGGAGCGUUUGUGGAAGUGGUGGCUCAUCCUCUGUUGCCCUCUGGCCUGGGCUAAUGCAGCUCCCAUGUACGGCGAGAUCCUGUCCCCAAACUACCCUCAGGGAUACCCCAAUGAUGUGAAGGAGUCCUGGGAAAUCAGUGUCCCCCCAGGGUUCGGCAUCCGCCUCUCUUUCACCCACCUAGACAUAGAGCCAUCCCAGAACUGCGAGUAUGACUCUGUGACGAUCCUGUCUGGUGGCCAUCCUGUCAAGGGCCCGCUCUGUGGGCGAAAGCGCAGCACAGACCCUGCUUCCCCUAUCCUGGAAGAAUUCUACGCCCCGUAUAACCAGCUGACUGUGACUUUCCAGUCAGACUUUUCCAAUGAGGAGCGUUUUACUGGCUUUGCUGCCUACUAUAUCGCAUGCACAGAUUUCAUGGAAGAGACCUGCAGCCACUAUUGCAAUAACUACAUUGGGGGUUUCUUCUGCUCCUGCCCCCCAGAGUACUUCCUGCAUGAGGAUCAGAGGACAUGUGGAGCUCCCUCCAGUCCCUUCCCCUGUCCCCAGAGUGUCACCCCGAACUCUGUGCUUGACCCCCUGAAGGACAAGUACAGCUACAGGGACUAUGUGACGGUGACCUGCGUGAAAGGUUAUGAGGUUGUGACGCCCCAAGACAGCCUGCCAGCCUUUCAGGCCAGAUGCCAGAGCAAUGGAGAAUGGAGCAACUCACACUACAAAUGCGUCCCUGUGGACUGUGGUCCCCCUAGCAUUAUUGCCAAUGGCAAAGCCACCUACAAGCCAGGAUCUGAGGAGACUCAGUACGGAGCCACUGUCCGCUAUGUCUGUGAAGAGCCUUACUACGCUCUGCAAACCCGCGGGGACGGGCAGUAUCAGUGUGCAGACAAUGGGAAAUGGGUCAGCGAAGAGAUGGGAACAGAGCUUCCAGUGUGUAUUUGUGUGUGUCACUGCCCAUCAAGUGGUAAUUCGCCCAUCCAGGAUCAUCAGAGGAUUUUUGGGGGCACUCGUGCUAAGACAGGCAACUUCCCCUGGCAGGUCUUAUUCCCAAGCCCCCGGGGAGGUGGGGUACUCAUUUCUGAGCGGUGGGUGCUGACUGCGGCGCAUGUGCUGGAUGACUCAAGAGGCAAGUCCACAAUGUACGCUGGCGCGAUCAACAUCCGCCAUCAAUCCCAGGAUGAGGAGGCCGUUCAGCUGGAGCAAGACAAAGUGUUCAUUCACCCCGGCUGGACAAAGGUGGCAGACCCAAACACUCGGACGAAUUUUGAUAACGACAUUGCCCUGGUGAGGCUGAUGGAACCGGUGAAGAUGGGCCCCAGGAUCUCACCACUUUGCCUCCCUGGUGCCUCCCCUGAGUAUGAGCUGACAGACGGCAGAGUGGGCUACAUAUCCGGCUGGGGCCGCACAGAGAAGCGAGACAGAGUCCAGCAUCUCAUGAUGGCCCAGAUCCCCGUGGUCACCAUGGAAAAAUGCCGCAAUGUGAAGCCGGAAUCACUUGCUGAUGCCACCACUUUCCACUUCACUGAGAACAUGAUCUGUGCAGGAGGUGGCAGGAAGGACAGCUGUGCCGGAGACAGUGGCGGAGCCUUUGCCAUCACAGAUCCCCGCAAUGAGACUCGGUACUAUGUAGGGGGGCUAGUCUCCUGGGGACCACAGUGUGGCACAUACGGCCUUUACACCAGAGUGGGGCGCUACCGAGAUUGGAUCUUGGAGACCAUGCGCCAAUAUGGGGAGGCCAAGGAGUCGCAGGAAUAGACCCUUCCCACGCUAGGACCCUGCCAUCUCACCGGGCACCAGGUGCUGAGGUCAGAUGUCCCAGCAGAUCGGCUGACCUUUCAUCCCAUCUGCUCUGUGCACCAGCCCAGCCCAUUGUGGCUGUGCCAGAGUGGGGAGUCAUGAGCAAUGGGGUCUCUGUUCCACGGGAACUAUGUCAGGGAAAAACUUCUCUCUUCCCUCCUCCUCUGGCAUUGCCUGAACAGGAGCAGAGAGCAUUCUGGGUAAAGAGACCCCCCACACUCACCUUUUCCCAGAACAUUCUUUGCUCCGGGUCCUCAGUUUUCAGAGGGAGCUAGUCAUGCCCCAUCCACAUGAAAGCUCUGCU